AUGUCAAGGCGUCAGCAAACAAGCGCUUAUCCUCGUGUGCAUUGGCGGGACGGCUCGUAUUCGUCAUUAUACAUUUACGGGGGCGUUGUGAUAGCGUCAUCUGAUAUGGAGGAUAUGAUAUUCGGUGAAAUCUGUCGAUGCUGUAUGGCAACCAAGCCCCGCAUGAAACCACUCUUCGACACGAACUUGUUCGCAAUGCUAAACGCCAUCACCGGUCUAAAUGUGCAGGAAAACGAUGGGCUUCCGUCGCAGCUUUGCGUACCGUGCGUGUUACAGAUCCGCCGUUCGCACUUCUUCAAACUGCAAUGCGAAAGCACCGAUACAGCUUUGCGGAGCUAUGUGGUAGAUACGAAACAUAUCGUAGCGGACAAUAGCAGCACACACGCCACAAUUGAAAGACAGGUGAAAACAGAACCCAACUCCUCAUCGAUGGCUGGACAAAAUAGUAACGGAACGGAAGUGGAAACCACCGUAUCCAACAAUGAAAUGCAGUUAAAGAUUUAUUGCCAACAAUGUGCGAAAGAGUUUGGGACGGAGAAACAGCUACGGCGCCACAUGCGAAGACACUUUAUUGAUAAACCGCACGGCUGCAACGAGUGCGGUCUAUCGUUUCUGGAGAAGUGUAAUUUAAACAGGCACAUGCUUAAGCACACCGGCGAACUGCGAGACAGCAACGCGAAGCCGCACUUGUGCAGCGAAUGUGGCAAAUCGUUCAAAUAUGCUACUUCGCUAUCGCGGCACAAAAGAUUCCACGCCCAGCGCAACCUCUUCGACUGUCAGAUCUGUUCGAAAUCGUACGUCGAGCAAAGCUCACUGGAUGUGCACAUUCGAACGCACACGAACGAGCGACCGUUUUUGUGCUCUGUCUGUAACAAGGGUUUCUCCCAAAAGGCCAACCUCGAACGGCACGAGCGAACCCACACUGGUAACUUUCUUCGCGAAAAACCCUACAGCUGCGAUCUGUGCGGUAAAUGUUUUACGCAGAAAAGUUACCUGUGCGUACACAAGCGGAUACAUCUGGAUGAAAAACCAUUCGGCUGCCCGGACUGUACCAUGUGCUUUGUUUCGCGCAACGCACUUUUAAAACACCAGCAGAAACCGUGCUCGAUCAAUCCGCAUCGGUGUAACAUAUGCAAGAAAACGUUCCGAUACAAAAGUAAGCUUCGUUUGCAUAAGCGUACCGAGCAUAUGAAAAACAGAACUCUUCAAUGUCCGGUUUGUGAGAUUAAGUUUAAGCAAGCGACACAGCUAACUGUACACAUAAAGAUGAACCAUGCAGGUGCGCCCAUUAAGGGUGAGCGAGAUACUAACGCUGCGAAGGACAGUUCCGGCAAACAACAAACAUCCUGGAGUCGGCAAAGGACGAAUCAAACGGAGAGCAUUGAUUUUGACGAGACAUACCUGGACGAAGAAGAAGGAGAAGAGGAGGAAGAGGAAGAAGAAAUGGAACUGGAAGAAGAGGACGAUGAAAUCGAUGAAAACGUUAGCAUUCUCGAGGAUUACGAUGAUGGGGAAGAGGACACGCAUCCGAACGAGGAAUACCUGGUCGAUGCCUUGUCCAACGUUGGUAGUAUAGUCGAGCAGGAAAACUACGAAGACUUUAUUACAGAGUAUGCUGUAGUGAAGGAAGAACCCCUGCUGGAAAUUAGUAUAAUGAAUCCUAAUGAGGUGAGUUCAGAUAAUGAACAGUGA